UGAGGAAGUUUAGUUUACACUGGGUUGAAUGUAGGAGAAAAGGGGAGGGGAGGUAGAAAUAGAUGGAUUUUUCCUCUGCAUGUGGUUGACCAACAGAUCUAAAUGUGGAUUUCACAAUGAAUAGUCUUUUCAGUGGUUUUCUAAGGAAAUGGAUUUUUGGUGGGGAUCAGCCACCCAUGAACGUGCCGACAAUUACAUUUCAAAUAGAUGGAAAAGAAGUGAUGCUGAAAAAAGGGGACAUCACGAAAGAAAGUGUGGAUGCCAUAGUCAACACUACCAACAAGACAUUGGACUUGCACUCCGGUGUCUCUGGGGCGAUAUUGAAAGCUGCAGGAAGUUCUGUUAAGGAUGAAUGCAAGACUUUGGGUUCCCAGCCAUAUGAUGGUGUUGUGGUCACUGGAGGUGGGCAGCUGCAGUGCUUAUAUAUUGUGCACAUGGUUGGGCCUACGACGGCAGCUCUCAUUACAACAGCAGUAGAAAAGACUCUCGGGAUAUGUGACCGCAGGAACAUUGCUACUGUUGCGUUCCCCGCCAUAGGGACAGGCAAAGCUGGGAUUGCUCCCCGAGUCGCCAUCAACGCAAUCUUUGAUGGAAUGGAGAAUUACCUCCUGUCGAACACAGCUUCAAACCUGAAAACCAUUACCAUUGUCGCAUUUGAUACAACUGUUUAUGAUUCUUUUGCUACGGUUUUUAAUGAAAGCCUGGAAAUGUCCAGUGGAAGCUCCAUGGAAUCAGUCCAGAGCAACUCCUCAAAUCAGUCCAUCUCCCUUUCGGUGUGUCCAAUAUCUGUGUUCCCAGUGGGGACACUGCCGUUCUACCCAACAGUAAAAGUGAUGCUGAAGCAAGAGGACAUCACGAAAGAAAGUGUGGAUGCCAUAGUGAACUCUACCAACGAGUCCAUGGACCUGAAUUACGAUAAGUUUUCAGAAAUGCUGACUGCAAUCUGA